AUGACCCAGUCUGAUCUCGACCAACUGCUCGACAUGGGCUUUGAGAAGGCCCGGGCUGAGCUGGCAGUCAAGAAGACAGGCAACUUGAACGGAGCUCUUGAGUGGCUCGAGGCGAACCAAGAUAAGCCUCUCGAUGAGCUCACUGCCGCCGCCGCCAGCACCACCGCCAAGGACGACGAUGAUGAUGCAGGCGAAGUUCAGGCCAACAUCGAUGCUCUCGAGAGCGGUGCCACCGCAAAAUCGCUUGUUUGCAAUGAGUGCGGCAAGCGCUUCAGAUCGCAGGAUACUGCCUCCUACCAUGCGACCAAGACGGAUCACACCGACUUCUCGGAGUCCACGGAGGAGAUUGCCCCGUUAACGGAUGAGCAGAAGAAGGCCAAGCUUGCCGAGCUGCGCGAGCAGCUUAAGGAGAAGAAGGCGAAGCAGGCCAUCUUGGACAAGGAGGAGGCCAAGCGCAACGAGAAGAUCCGCAUGAAGGCGACUAAGGAAACCCAAGAAGCCAAGGAGGAGUUACAGCGUAAGGAGCAGAUUAAGGAGGCUGCCAAAAAGCGUCAAGAGAAGCAGGAUGACCUGGAGGCGAAACGCCGCAUCAAGGCUAAGAUUGAGGCUGACAAGGAGGAGCGUCGCCGCAAGGCGGAGGAAGCCAAGGCCGCAAGAGAAGGCAGAGCUCCGGAGCCCGGUCCCGUCGCCGCACCAUCCAUCCCGAAGACCACCGCGAGCCACAACGAGGCUCGCUUGAGGCUGCAGACAUCGGGCGGUAACAUCCUGAAGACCCUUCCCGCCGAGACCACCCUAUUUGAGGUGGCCCAGAUGCUCCAGUCCGAGAACGGCUUGGAGGUCACGAGUUUCUCGACUACGUUCCCCAGGAAGACGUUUGAGGGUCACAUGGAUCUGAGCAAGACCCUGAAGGAGGCUGGCCUUACCCCUAGCGCCGUUCUCAUUGUCAAAUGA